GGUUUGGCUGAAAACAUAUUGGAAAAUUCGCAUAAUUCAAAUGAAAAUUCAAUCGGAAAAGAUCCAAUGGCAAACACCUUGGACACAUUUGAUAAUCCAAAUAUCACAUUGGAAAAUUUGCAUAAUUCAAAUGAAAAUUCAAUCGGAAAAAAGCAUAAACUAUUAGCACCAAACACCUUGGACACAUUCGAUAAUCCAAAUAAUAUUUCAAAUGCUGCAAAUCCUAUAAUCAUAGUAGAAUAUGAUUCGACAUUGCAUAAUCCGAAAGAAAAAGUCAUCGAAUCUAUUGAAUUAGAGUCAGAUG